UGCGCGGUCCCAGGCUGUGUUGGGGACUAGUCGCGGGGCGGGAGGGGCCGGCGGGAACCGAGCGUCAGGGCUGGGGUUCGGUUACAGAUUGACGUGCGCGAACUGACCGAGACCUGGUGACAAUGGCGGGGCCGCAGCCUCUGGCGCUGCAGCUGGAACAGCUGCUGAACCCGCGACCGCGCGAGGCGGAUCCCGAGGCCGACCUAGAGGAGGCCACUGCCGCCAGAGUGAUUGACAGGUUUGAUGAAGGGGAAUGUGGGGAAGAUGAUAUACCGGUAGUGGGCAGCAUUAGAAAACUGGCAUCAACCUCCUUCUUGGACUCGGACAAAAGAUAUUCUGGCAAGACCACCUCCCGAAAAGCUUGGAAGGAAGACCACUGGGAGCAGACUCUGCCAGACUCAUCUGAGGAGGGGCUGUCCGACGAGGAAAGACCUGGAGCUGGAGAGGCCGAGGGGCUGGCGCUGCAGGAGUCUGAUGUGGAUUACUCGAGUGCUGCUGAUGCCCAGGAGUCUGGCAACGAGGAGGAGAGUGGGCUGGGCCUGAGGAAGAAGAGCAGAAGUCGCUCUGGAAAAAUACCAGGCUUCAGUGUCCAAAGCAUUACUGACUUUGGACAAUUUACUGAGGGGAUGGAUGACAUUGGGAGCAGUGAGGAGGAAGACGAAAGUGAUGCGGAAGAGAGCGGCAUGGAAGAGGGGGAUGGCGAAGACGACCUUGAGGGCGAGAGUGAGGAGGACGGGGCUGAACACAGGAGCAGUGAGGACGAUGGUGUGGUGAUGACCUUCUCCAGUGUCAAAGUGUCCGAGGAGGUGGAGAAAGGGAGAGCUGUGAGGAACCAGAUAGCACUGUGGGACCAGCUCUUGGAAGGAAGGAUCAAACUGCAGAAGGCUCUGUUGACCACCAAUCAGCUUCCUCAGCCAGAUGUUUUUCCUAUUUUCAAGGACAAAGGUGGCCCAGAAUUUGCCAGCGCCCUAAAAAACAGUCACAAAGCACUUAAAGCACUGUUGAGGUCAUUGGUGGAUCUUCAGGAGGAGUUGCUUGUCCAGUACCCAGACACUAGAUACCUAGUUGAUGGCACAAAGCCCAAAGCAGAAAGUGCGGAGGAGAUUUCGAGUGAAGAGGAUGAGCUGGUUAAGGAGAAGAAGCCGAGGAGAAGGGCCCCCCCAAAGAGGAGACUGGAGACGGGCGACUACCCCGACUUCAUGGCAAAGCGCUUCGCUGACUUUACAGUGUACAGGAACCGCACACUUCAGAAGUGGCAUGACAAAACCAAGCUCGCUUCUGGAAAACUGGGAAAGGGGUUUGGUGCCUUCGAACGCUCAAUCUUGACUCAGAUCGAUCAUAUUCUGAUGGACAAAGAAAGAUUACUACGAAGGACACAGACCAAGCGCUCUGUCUACCGAGUUCUUGGCAGACCUGAACCGACAGAUCAGCCUGCCCCUGAGCGUUUGCCAGGACAACUGGAGGUCCUUCCGCAGGCCCCUGUCAAUGCUCACUUGAAGGACUUGGAUGAAGAAAUCUUUGAUGAUGAUGACUUUUACCACCAGCUCCUUCGAGAACUCAUAGAGCGGAAGACCAGCUCCCUGGACCCCGAUGAUCAGGUGGCCGUGGGAAGGCAGUGGCUUGCAAUCCAGAAGUUAAGAAGCAAAAUCCACAAGAAGGUAGACAGGAAGGCCAGCAAAGGACGAAAGCUUCGGUUUCAUGUCCUUAGUAAGCUGCUGAGCUUCAUGGCACCUAUUGACCAUACUACAAUGAAUGAUGAUGCCAGGACAGAGCUGUACCGCUCCCUUUUUGGCAGACUCAACCCUCCUGGUGACAACCACGGGAACUGAAGUCACCCAUCUCUUCACAGCCUUGUGGUCGGACCAAGCCCUGCAGCUCCUCCAGCCACAGACGGGUUUGAGCUAGAGAGACUCCCAGGAGGUGCUCUGCCCAGAACCCGCCGCACAUGCACAGAUACAGCUUAGGAGGCCUUCAGCCAAGAGAGUGGACCCCAGGCCUUCUACGCAUCACCAAUAAAGAGUAUUGUCACUGCC